AGGGCACUGGUUUUAAGGUCACAAUGAGCUUUGGUUUCAGUGUAGGCGAUUUUAUCACGGCGAUUGAGCUUGCCAACAAAAUUCGCAAGGAAUUUGCUACUGCUCCAAGCCAAUUAAAGGGCAUUUCUAAUGAAGUUAGAAGCUUGUCGAUUGUUCUCCAAGAUGUGGAGGUCGUCCUACCAGAACAGAAGCUUAGCAGCCAACAGAAGAUAGAGUUGCAUAAUAUUGCUAAGGGUAGCCGCAAUGUUCUUAGCGAUCUGGAAAAGUUGCUAGACAAGUAUGGUGAACUAAAUUCAGAUCCUGCGAGGGUUGGUAAGAGGAUGAAAAGAGUUUGGAAAAGAUUCAAUUGGGAGCCAGAGGACAUAAAGGAACUUCGAAGCCGUAUUAGCUCAAACAUUACGUUACUAAAUGCCUUUAACGGCCGACUUACGAGAGACAAUCUGGUCAACUUGUUACAGCACCAACAGGAUCAAGAGUGUCGAGUUAUCAUCGAUUGGCUUUCAUCUGUCAAUUAUGCCACUCAGCAAAGCGACUUCAUUAGUCGGCGGCAGGAAGGAUCUGGGCAAUGGCUAUUAAAUUCGAACGAAUUCCAGGUGUGGGUUAACAAACGCGAGCAGACUUUGUUCUGUCCAGGCAUUCCAGGAGCAGGCAAGACAAUUAUCUCAUCCGUUGUUAUUGAACACCUUAGUAGUAGGUUUCAGAAUGAUGCUACUAUUGGUAUUGCAUAUCUAUAUUUCAACUUCCGACAGCAGCAAGACCAAAGGCUCGAAGACUUAGUGGCGAGUCUACUGAAACAGUUAGUUCAGGAACAACCUUCAGUGCCGGACAGUCUAAAGAGUCUUUAUGAGCUCCAUAAGAACAAGCGGACUCGGCCAUCAUUUGACGAAGUCUUGAAAGUAUUGCAAUCCACUAUUGCUAGUUAUUCUACAACCUUCAUUAUUAUUGACGGGCUAGACGAGUGCCAACUUUCUAGUGGCAGUCGCCGGAAAUUCAUUUCAGAGAUAUUUAACCUUCAAGCUAAUACUGGACUAAGUCUCUUCGCUACUUCACGGUUCAUCCCUAGUAUCAUUGAAGAGUUUAAUGGAAGUGCAUCAUUAGAAAUCCGCGCUAGUAAUGAAGAUGUCCAGAGAUAUCUAGACGGACAUAUGCCAUACCUACCAUCAUUUGUUAUGCGCCGUCCUGAUCUACAAGAGGAAAUUAAGAAUAAAAUUAUAAAGGCUGUUGACGGGAUGUUCCUUCUUGCACAGCUGCACUUGACUUCACUAAUUGGAAAAAAAUCACCAAAGGCAAUUAGAACUGCGUUGGAAAGGCUCUCAACAGGAUCUGAAGCAUAUGAUCAUGCGUAUAAAGAAGCUAUGGAGAGAAUCGAAGGUCAAAUUACAGACUCUCGAGAGCUUGCUAAACAAGUUCUGUCAUGGAUCACCUGCGCUAAGAGAAAUCUCACUACAAUAGAGCUUCGGCACGCUCUUGCUGUGGAAAUUGGCAAGCUAGAGCUUGAUGAAGAAAAUCUUCCAGACAUUGAAGAUAUGAUUUCGGUGUGUGCUGGUUUAGUCACUGUAGACAAAGAAAGUGCUACUGUCCGUUUGGUCCAUUAUACAACUCAGGAAUAUUUUGAACGGACCCAGAUUUUUUGGUUUCCUUAUGCACAGACAGAUAUCAUGGUUGCCUGUGUUACUUACCUAUCAUUUGAUGUUUUCGCUACUGGUUCUUGCUCUACAGAUGAGCAGUUUAAGGCAAGACUACAGAAGAAUGUCCUUUAUGACUAUGCCGCGCAAAAUUGGGGACAUCACGCUCGGGUAGCUUCAACGAAGAAGUAUCUAGUUCUUCAACUUCUCAAGCGUGACACCCGGGUGGCUGCCUCUAGUCAGGCGAUGACAGCUUUAAGAGGUAACUCCUGGUACAGAGAGGGAGUGCCAGCGCACUCCACAGGGGUUCACGUUGCGGCAUACUUCGGACUAGGGGAAGCGAUGAUGGGCUUACUGCGAAAUGGAUGUCAUCUAGAUUUGAAAGACACCUACGGUCAGACACCACUGUUGCUGGCUGCAGCGAACGGGCACGGGGAGGUGGUCGAACUGCUAGCUGCAAUGGAUGGCAUUGAUCUCAACUCCAAGGAUAACGAGGGUAAGACGCCGCUUUUGCGGGCAGCAGCAAACGGACACGAGAGAGUGGUCAAAUUGCUGCUCCUGAUAGGCGGUGUCAACCCAAACUCCAAGGACGACGACGGUGAGACGCCUCUGUUAGCGGCUGCAGCUAAGGGGCACGAGGCGGUGGUCAAACUGCUAGUUGCAAUGAACGGCAUUGAUCUCAACUCCAAGGACAAUGACGGCAUGACGCCGCUGUCGUGGGCUGUAGCAUACAAGCAUGGGGCGGUGGUUAAGCUGUUAGUCACCACAGACGGCGUCGACCCAGACUAUAAGGUUGAUUCUUACGCGGUAAUUUGGCGAAGUUCGGUGAAAAUACCGGCACCUAGCUUAACAUCUGCUAGUAGUUCAUCUUUUUGAGAACUUUAUGUCUAGCGUUCUACUUCAGAUAUUAAGGGAAUAAGACACAAGUAAAGAAGCAAAGUGUAAAAAAUGCAAAAUAAUCAAGGGAAUUCUUAGAAAUAAAGGAAGCUAAGAGGUGAGAUGCAAGGGAACUUAACAGGAAAGACGAAAGGGAAGAUAAGUGAAGAGGGAACAGUAGGAGCAGGUGUGUGUGGACACCAAACUGGGGGGCAAUGCGCCAACAUGAUGUCUACAGUGUUGUGCGCAUAGAAAUCUGAAUCCUAGGAUCAGAAACCCACAGUACAGGAUGUAGAAACCAGAAACAGAAUGCUGUGGGAUAGUGCAGAAAUAGGGAACCAGGAAACGAGAAACGGGCGGCUGUUUUUGCGAAGUUGGGAAAACCGAAAGAUGUGGUGAUUAAAGCGCCCGGGCCCGCUAACAUAAAACGAAAUACUGUAAGUGC